AUGACGAGUCAAAAACAACACCUUCCUUCUUUUGCUACCACCAUCUCUGCGUUAGGCAUUCUUCUGUAUUGCAUUGGGUUUCUAAGAGUUGAAUUAGAGUUGAACAAUCAGAAGAAAAGACUAAACGCGCUUGAAAACAACCCGGAGACAAAACCACAAUACAACGAUUCGAACAUCGUCAAAAUCAUCAAGGAUGCUAGUGGUAUGUACACAGUUUGUUUUUCUUGUUUCAUGCUGCAUUAAAACAUAGUUUAGAAUUUCAUGAAUUCUGAAAUGUCUCUUACCAUCCUGAAAAAAAAAAAAACAUUCUACGAUGAUUAAUUCUGCACACUUAACCUGUAUUCGCUCGCGAUUGAGUGUUCCUGUACAGGUCGCCUAAGCUCACAAUCAGAGCCCUGAGCAACACUACGUACCCUACUUACUCGCUAAUUUAUUAUUCAUACAGUAGCGAUUAUUAAAACGUUGUUUGCUCAAUAGAUAUUAAACGAAAUGUGCAUCACAGUUCCCUUUUGAGUUUACCUUUAAAGUUUUCUUCUGUUUAUUUGUGUGGGGAAUGCGUUUCACGCUUCUUAGGUACGUUUAAAUACCAUUUUCUUGAGCGACUGAUUUUCACCCAGAUGAGCAAUUAGAAAAGAGAUACCGGGAAGAUUGCUUGGGGCUUUGAUAGUUAGCUUCCGUGGUUUUGCUGUGUUUACUGUUGGAAAAGAAAUUAAAGGUUACACCGAGGUUAAUUCGUUUCCUUUUUGGCAACAGGUCGUACUUGACUGAUUUUUCCAUGCUUGAUAAAUAACUGGUAAAAGAAAUCAUGGUCUUGAAAUGUAAUUUUUGCUUCAUUUGUUUCCUCAUUAUUACAGCUUGAUACUGAGCGAACAAUUGAAUGAAAAAAUUCUUAUUUGUAUUAGCAGAAUUUUACACCGAUGAACAUCAUCGAGCCAGAAGACAAGCGAAUUCAGCUAAUAAUACCAGGAAAGCUAAAACAACAGCCACCAUGAUUAAAGAAAUGCACAAACUUUUAUCAGAGGGAAGACCGGGACUUUGCAAAUCAACAAGUGACGCGUGUCUUUCGGGUCCCCCAGGCCCUCCUGGUCAACCAGGGCCGAGAGGAGAGAAGGGAGACCGGGGAAGAAAAGGGAAGAAGGGAACGCAAGGAUCACCAGGAAAAAGUGGUAAGCAAGGCAUCAUGGGACCUGUAGGGCCUAAAGGUGAUCUAGGACUUAAAGGCCAAAAAGGAGAUACAGGACCCGCUGGCAUGCCGGGAACGAAAGGAGAGCCUGGUGAAUCAAUUUCAGCUCCUGUUGUUGCUGUUUCCCCUUCAAACCUGACAGUAAACGAAAGUGGAAUAGCUUCAUUUCAGUGUUCAGUGAGUGGUAAUCCUGAGCCUGCAUUAGUCUGGAGUAAAGGAGGCAACCUUUCUGAAGUAAGCAGGUCGGCGGCUUCAGGAGGGAGAUUACUUUUAAAGAAUGUAAACGCAAGUGACUCGGGUGAAUACCAAUGCUCAGCAAGAAACAUCUUAGGACAUGCGCAAACCCUGGUGCGGCUUGUUGUAAAUGGUGAGUUUUUAUAAGAAAUAUUGUUUAUUUUAAAUUUUCACGGCAAAAGAUAUCGCUUACACUGAUUACGGCAUUUACUUUUUUUUUUAAUGGACGCGACUGUUUGCUUCUCUCUAACUUUCAAUUCGAGCAACAUGUUUUAUAAACAACUAAAUCAUUGGAUAAUGCAAUUCUAGAGCUCUGAUUGGCUUAGCCAUCAUGGCAUAUGAGUGUAUGAGCCAUUAUACCAUGCUCUCCAAAUGUGGUAACUGUACGCGUCUGCUCAAAAUUAAAGACAAACUGAAAAUCGGUUGUAUUUACAGAUAAAGUUGGGAAAAAUUCUCGAUAUUUUGUGGAAGUUUUUAAUAAAACAAUUAUCUCACUCGCGCUUGUUGGAUAUGAGAUGAUUAUAGCCAAAUCGGCGCCUUGCGCCUCGUUAGCCAUCUACCAUCUCAUAUCCAACACGCACUUGUGGAAUAAUUGUUGAUUAUUAUUCAUUCAAAAUAUUUCCCCGUUUCUGAUUGGCUAAAAUCACACGCAUAAUUCACCAUAACCAGCUACCGUUGACGAAAUUUGGAAAGAAUUUUGUCAUAGUGAACCAAUGACGUCAAAAGUACAGCUAAGUUGCAGAUUAUUGAACCGUAGCCUGCGUAGCAAGGGUUUCCGCGCGAGUUCGUCGAGAAAAGUUGGAACGAGAGCAAAAAAAAAAAAAGUAAUGACAGGGGAGGGGGAGGGGAAAGAAGGGAACGCUUGCCCGCAAACCCCACGAUUUUGAAAAACUGCGUUCGCCCACGAACGCAGCUUCUGAUUGGUGCGGUGCUGGUAGUGUUGAUUACUUAGCACUCGAAACAUCACUCAAACCAGGUAUGCUUUGUUUACGCGAGCCACAGAUCUGGUCUUAUCUGAUUUGUGGUCGCAGAUUACAAUUGCUUUGGACUGAUUUGAAUCGUGUUUGUGCGAAGGUCUAGGAGAUCAGAGCCUUUUUUAAUAAAGUAUAAUGGGGGAUCGAGCUGUGGAGACUAGGGAAGGCCAAUUUAUUGGGAACGACGGCGUGCGGAUCUGAUGGAAAAAAUGGACUUUUUGUUGGAGAUAACAUCAACGUAAAUCAGAACAUCGGUACUAGACACUAGCUAAAUUAAAGCCGCCAUGGACAAGCGAUUUGUCAGCUUUUUGAAAUGAAAAGAUUCUUUUGUUUAUUGGAAAUUUAGCGGCAUGUGUUGUAGUGAAAUUUUCGACACGGGCUGAAGAGCAGUCGCUCUGCAAAACUUAUAACCGGUGCAUGGAGUAAAUUGUUCCGGACAAAUCAUUUUUUAAGUUUCGACAAGGUUUCAGACGAGAUAAAGCCACAAUAAAAAACAAUACAUUCAGAAGCAAUCGCUCAGAGUUUUAACCUUCUUUUAUCGUAAACCUUUUUUAUUACAGUUUUUGCAAUUUCCUGGAAUGUGUUCUAUUAGAGAACAAAGUAAUUUUACAAAUCUGGUAAUCCAGGGGUAAUCUGUUCGUCAUACUUCUAUUUUGACGACCUUUCAAUUUACAAAUGAACCGAACCGUGAAAUGUCAAGGGACGUUUUCCAGAAUCGUGGGGUUUGCGGGCAAGCGUUUCCUCUUCUCCCCUCCCCCUCCGCCUCCCCCGUCCACCCUUUUUUUUUUGCUCCCGCUCUAACUUUCGCGCCAUAACUCGAUUGGAAACGCUUGCUAUAGCUACGCAGGCUAAUUGAACCGUUAACCGUGAAACAUUUUACUCGUUUUACAGCGAAAUAUUGUCAAAAAACAUGGCAAGAACAGCAAGAAGACAACUCGAUGCGCGAUGGACGACAUCUGGUAUUUGGAGUAUAUUUGCUGACCUGAACAGAACUUUAUCUCCUUAGCUUUCCGAUAAAGAUCCACCAUCGAUAUGAACUUAACAUCGACCUUGUUAGCAUGUACUAGCUUGUUUUUAAAAUUGGAAUUAUUUUAAAGGAAUAAUGAAACAAUUAUUAAAUUCGGCUUUCGUAGGAUAUGAAGAAUUGUGCAGAUCUCGGAGGGUGUUAUCACCCUCCUCGAUCUGCGAAUUCUUCAUAUCCUACGAAAGUCGAAUUCAGUAAUUGCUAAAUGUAAUAAUGUUAUAAUCUGGUUACUAGUUUAGAUGCUCCACGACUGAGCUACUGAAAAAUAAAAAAAUAGAGCGAAAGUUCUUUUAGGCCACCCCCUAAAUUCGACCUACAGAAUUGGAUGUUCAAACGUCGUAACACUAUACCAACCACUUGGAAAUCAGGCUUUUCAUUAAACAAACAAUAAAAAGCCACUGUUAUGCUUUUUCAUUGCAUUCUUUCAGUUCAUCCUCGAGUUUCCCUCCAUCCGGGCCCUCAUUACGCCAUUGAAGGCAGCAAAGUUACUCUUCCCCCCUGUCACGUGACUGGUUACCCAGCACCAGUGGUCAUUUGGAGAAAAGCAUCUGGUCAGUUGCCCCAGGAGAGGGUGAAGUAUAACAACAGUAGCUUACAACUUUUAAAUGCUCGAAAAAUAGAUUCUGACUUGUAUCUCUGUUCAGCAACAAACCUGCUUGGAACUACUGAAAAGAGAACACUCGUAGUGAUCGUUUCACAUCCUCGAUUUACUGUUAAGCCACCUGUGAGCAUUUUUGCGCUGCUUGGAGACACCUUGACACUUAAUUGUAGCGCAACUGGUGACCCACAACCAGUUAUUAGCUGGAGGAAACAAGGAGGUCAUCUGCCAGUUGGAAGCAACCAGCAGAUUAAUGGUGCGUUAGUAAUUAGAAACUUUAAAAAGAACGACGCAGGCUAUUACAUAUGUACCGCAACCAGCGCAGGAGUGUUUGGCGUGGAAACUCUGACUCACAUUCAAUUUUUUUCACCAAGAGGUCAGUUAUAGAUAAAGCUUAAAGAGCGUAACUUAUAAAAGUGCAACGGCCAAUACUAUUGUGUUAAAAUAAGCAGAAAUGCGACUGUGACCGUGGUUCCCCGCUUGUAUUUUGAAGAGACAUUACAAAGAAAGAUGCCGGUUAUUACCUCGGGGGGAGGGGGGAGGGGGGUGUCGCCCUGUUCUCUGAAUACUGACCCUAUUUCAGACCAAAAUGUCAUUUUGCACACCCAUUUUCGGACGAGACCUGGCCCCUAAAAUCCAUAUCUGCUUACCGACCUGGAGGUGAUCACAAAACACAACAUUACAUGUUUACAUAAAACAAAAAUUAUGUCAUCAUUGGUGAGCCAAUCUGCAACAAAUGAUCGAAUUCGCGUAUUGCACUUUCUCUCUUAUUCAUUUGGAAUUGAAACGACGGACACAUUGAUACACAACCGUCAGAACCAUAGUUCCUUCGUAAACCAAACCCAAUUCCAGACCAAACCGGCUCAAAAACCCUACCCUUUGGGACGGAACAUACCUAUAUGGCUUAUAUAAGGGAGUACCCCCCCCCCCCUUUCCACUGAAGUUUUUACAUAUUUACCGAAACCAGCGCAGGAGUGUUUGACGUAGAGACUAUGACUCUGGUUUAUUAUUAUCAAGAGGUCAGUAAUAUCAGCUUAUCAGCAGGGCCAAAAGUAUGACCAUAUUUCUCCUUUAUUAAAAUAAUUAAGGACGCAAUCUCGACCCAGAGCUCUUCUACGUAUGUAGAGCAGAGAGAUCAAGAGCUCUUGGGAACCCUGGAGCAAGAUUGUCUCUGAUUGGUUUCAGCAAAAAACAAUAAAAGUGUUUCUGAUUGGUCAAUUCAAGUUUGCACAAGAGCGGUUGAACGUGCGGCGUGUCAGGCGUGUGAGCGGGUUUUUCCCUAGAAAUGUUGAAGUAAACACGACCGGCCGAUUCUUGAUUUCAGCGAUUCCAAAACAACAUCUGCACCCGUGACUAAAAUUAGGCAGAAUUACUGGAUUUUCCAAUGGCGAAAAAUUAAUCUAUCUUAGAAGUGUAUGGUGGCCCGCUAACGCCAUAGCAAUUUUGCACUUUUUUGGUGAAAUUUAGACACUUUCCAAUCUAUUUUCCUUUAUUUUUUCUUUUUAAUUUGUUUUCUUUUGAUUAUUUUUAUCUUUUUUUUUAUUUCUCUUCUUUCAAUUAUUUUUAUCUUUAUUAAAAAUUUCUUUUCUUUUAAUGAUUUUUAUCUUUUUUUUUUUCAUUCUCCCUUUUUUAACUUUAAUUAUUUCUUCUUACUUUUUAUUUUGAUUUAUUUUGUAAUUUUUAUUUUAUUUGGUUAUACAAUUUUUUUGUUUUAUAAAAAUUUGCAAACAGUGAUCUAAUUUUGAAAAAAAAAAGUCUCGAGCUCAGCAACGCCAUAGACCAGAAUUCCUCGCGCGCAACGAAGCGUUCCUCGUGCGCUUUUUCUCACUUCAGUCAAUCGCCCGUGCCAAAAAAGUGCAGAAGUGCAAAAGUGCUAUGGCGUUAGCGGGCCACCAUAGAAGUGCCACUCUGGCAUUUAAAUAUAUGAUGGGCUCAGCACCGGAUUAUCUUACUUCUGAAUUUACUAAACGAUUUAACAUCAGUGGCCGAGAAACCAGAAACUCACAGUCGCUACAUAUUCCCUUAUUUAAAUCGGCGAGUGGCCAGAGAAGCUUCUAUUACAGAACAGUGAAGAUAUGGAAGUCAUUGGACAAUGAAUUAAAACUAAGCAAAGAUGAUUUAAGCUUCAAACGAGAGCUCAAAAGUACGCUACUUUUCUCGGCAUAGAACUUACAAACGAUGUUUCUUGUAUCUUAUUUAUGAUCGUAUAUAGUGAUUAAUGUUUAGCUCUUAGAUAAUUUUACCAAUCCACUUUUUAUAUAUUUACUAUAUUUACAUUUUUUGUAAUUAUCUUUGAAAAGCCUUGUUUCAGGAAAGAUAAUAAAGAAUGUAUGCAUAUAUAAAUAGAACUUAUAAACGCCUCAACUGAUAUAUGCUACGGUCCAUGUUAAGCUGCUAAUAUCAUGUUAAAGUGACUGAUGUUUUCGAGGGACGCUUGUACCCUUUAAUUAGCCUUUCACCCCUUAAUCACACUGUUGAUUAUACUUAAGGGGCUGAAGCGAUCUUCAAAUUAUACAUAUUAAAGCGCAUUAUUUCAAUGUUGACUAUCAAGAUAGAGGUAGAAAUCCUAUGGUCCUUAUAGAAAUCUACUUUAUAGACGAUUUUCAUUCUCUUAUAGGUCAAGACUUAGUGUUGAUCGCUGCUAAAAUAAAGCCGUUACUGUUGUUUAUUCUCUACAGAUUGUUCUGAUUUGUUAAAACCUGGCCAUACUCAGAGUGGAGUGUACUCUGUAAACCCAGACGGAAAAGGAUCCUUCAAUGUAUAUUGUGAUAUGCGCACUGAUGGUGGAGGAUGGACCGUGCUCCAGAGAAGACAGGAUGGCUCGGUAGACUUCUAUCGCGGAUGGAACGAUUACAAAUCAGGCUUUGGUCAGCUGACGGCUGAGUUCUGGUUAGGAAACGACAAGAUCCACAGGCUGACGGCCGCUAGACCCAGCUCUCUACGAGUGGAGCUAGAGGACUGGAACGGAGUAAGAGUAUUUGCCAAAUAUGGCAAGUUCAAGAUUGGUGAUGAGCAGGUGAAGUAUCGACUUGAAGUGGGUUCAUAUUCAGGGACGGCGGGAGAUUCGUUAGCGUGGCAUAAUAACAUGGCGUUUAGCACCAAGUACAGAGAUAAUGACAUUUGGAAAAGUGGUGACUGUGCUGUGUCAAACACUGGUGCCUGGUGGUACAAAGACUGCCAAUACUCCAAUCUUAACGGAAGAUACCUGGGAAACGUAAAGAGAAAUGGGAAAGGAGUCGUUUGGUGGCACUUUAAACAAUACUUUUUAUCGCUAAAAUUCACUGAGAUGAAGUUAAGACCGUCAUCGUAA